CGGAAGUGGGGGUAAUCGAGAGAGGGAGGGGUAAGGACUGCCGGCCGCGGCGGCUGGGGUGGAAAAAGAAGAAGCAGAGGGAGGAGUUGCUGCUUCCGCCACAGCCGCCGCGGCUACUGUGACUUCCCGGAGUGUGUGAGCGUGGAGGUUGCUUGCGUGGAUUUAUCGCUGCCUCGGUCCGAGUAGCUCUGGAGGUUUAUCCACAGGACAGAAAAAAAAAAAAAAAACCCAAAACAGGAAUGUAAAGAAGAAAUAAAAAAUGGAACCAAGUACGGGUGUGAAUUCUGUUACCAUCUCUAUUGAAGGAAUGACAUGCAAUUCCUGUGUUUGGACCAUUGAACAGCAGAUUGGAAAAGUGAAUGGUGUACAUCACAUUAAAGUUUCACUGGAAGAGAAAAAUGCAACGAUUAUUUAUGACCCUAAACUGCAGACUCCAAAGACCCUACAGGAAGCCAUCGAUGACAUGGGCUUUGAUGCUAUUCUUCAUAAUUCUAACCCUCUUCCAGUUUUAACCGAUACUGUGUUUUUGACUGUUACUGCUUCACUGGCUCCACCAUGGGACCAUAUCCAAAGCACAUUGCUCAAGACCAAGGGUGUGACAGACAUUAAAAUUUCCCCUCAGCAAAGAGCUGCAGUAGUGACAAUCAUUCCUUCUAUAGUGAAUGCCAAUCAGAUAAUAGAGCUGGUUCCAGACCUCAGUUUAGAUAUUGGAACUGUAGAGAAAAAAACAGGACCUUAUGAAGACCACAGUAUGGCUCCAGCAGGGGAAGUCAUGUUGAAGAUGAAAGUGGAAGGAAUGACCUGCCAUUCAUGCACUAGCACUAUUGAAGGAAAAAUUGGGAAACUGCAAGGUAUUCAGCGAAUUAAAGUUUCCCUAGACAACCAAGAAGCCACUGUUGUUUACCAACCUCAUCUUAUCACAGUAGAGGAAAUAAAGAAGCAGAUUGAAGCUGCAGGCUUUCCAGCAUACAUCAAAAAGCAGCCCAAGUACCUUAAAUUGGGAGCUAUUGAUGUAGAACGUCUAAAGAACACACCAGUGAAAUCUCCAGAAGGAUCACAGCAAAGAAGUCCAUCAUCAUCAUAUACCAAUGAUACAACAGCUACUUUCAUCAUAGAUGGCAUGCAUUGUAAAUCGUGCGUGUCAAAUAUUGAAAGCGCUUUAUCUACACUCCAAUAUGUAAGCAGCAUAGUAGUUUCUUUAGAGAAUAGGUCUGCCGUUGUAAAGUACAAUGCAAGCUCAGUCACUCCAGAAAUGCUGAGAAAAGCAAUAGAAGCUGUUUCACCAGGGCAAUAUAGAGUUAGGAUUGCAAGUGAAGUUGAGAGUACCUCCACCUCUCCCUCCAGCUCAUCUCUUCAAAAGAUGCCUUUGAACAUAGUUAGCCAGCCUCUGACUCAAGAAACUGUGAUACACAUUGAUGGUAUGACUUGUAAUUCUUGUGUACAGUCUAUUGAAGGUGUAAUAUCAAAAAAGGCAGGUGUAAAAUCCAUACGAGUCUCCCUUGCAAAUAGCAAUGGAACUGUUGAGUAUGACCCUCUACUAACCUCUCCAGAAACCUUGAGAGAAGCAAUAGAAGACAUGGGAUUCAAUGCCACCCUAUCAGAUACAAAUGAACCAUUAGUAGUGAUAGCUCAGCCCUCAUCAGAAAUUCCACCUUUGUCAUCAACUAUUGAAUUAAAUAAGACAAUGACACCAGUUCAUAAUAAGGAGGAGGCGAAGACUUCAUCUAAGUGUUACAUACAGGUUACCGGCAUGACUUGUGCUUCUUGUGUAGCAAACAUUGAAAGGAAUUUAAGGCGUGAAGAAGGAAUAUAUUCUGUACUUGUUGCCCUGAUGGCUGGCAAGGCAGAAGUAAGAUAUAAUCCUACUGUUAUACAACCACCAUUGAUAGCAGAAUUCAUCCGAGACCUUGGAUUUGGUGCCACUUUGAUAGAAAAUGCUGAUGAAGGGGAUGGUGUUUUGGAACUUGUUGUAAGAGGAAUGACAUGUGCCUCUUGUGUACAUAAAAUAGAGUCUACUCUCACAAAACACAGAGGGGUCUUCUACUGCUCUGUGGCCCUGGCAACAAACAAAGCACAUAUUAAAUAUGAUCCAGAAAUUAUUGGUCCCAGAGAUAUUAUCCAUACAAUUGAAAGCUUAGGUUUUGAAGCUUCUUUGGUCAAGAAGGACCGGUCAGCAAGUCACCUAGACCAUAAACGAGAAAUAAGACAAUGGAGACGGUCCUUCCUUGUGAGCCUAUUUUUCUGUAUUCCUGUAAUGGGGCUGAUGAUAUAUAUGAUGGUUAUGGACCACCACCUUACAACUCUUCACCAUAAUCGGAACAUUAGUAAUGAGGAAAUGAUCAACAUUCAUUCUUCUAUGUUCCUGGAGCGCCAGAUCCUGCCAGGAUUGUCCAUUAUGAAUUUGCUGUCUUUUUUAUUAUGUGUACCUGUACAGUUUUUCGGAGGCUGGUACUUCUAUAUUCAAGCUUACAAAGCAUUGAAGCAUAAGACAGCAAAUAUGGAUGUACUGAUUGUGCUGGCAACCACCAUUGCAUUUGCCUACUCUUUGGUUAUUCUUCUGGUUGCAAUGUAUGAGAGAGCCAAAGUGAACCCUAUUACUUUCUUUGACACACCUCCUAUGUUGUUUGUGUUUAUUGCACUAGGCCGAUGGCUGGAACAUAUAGCAAAGGGCAAAACAUCAGAGGCUCUUGCAAAGCUGAUUUCACUACAAGCUACAGAAGCAACUAUUGUAACUCUUAACUCUGAAAAUAUCCUCCUGAGUGAAGAACAAGUGGAUGUGGAACUUGUACAACGUGGAGAUAUCAUUAAAGUUGUUCCAGGAGGCAAAUUUCCAGUGGAUGGUCGAGUUAUUGAAGGACAUUCUAUGGUAGAUGAAUCCCUCAUCACAGGGGAGGCAAUGCCUGUGGCUAAAAAACCUGGCAGCACAGUGAUUGCUGGUUCCAUUAACCAGAAUGGGUCCAUACUUAUCCGAGCAACCCAUGUUGGAGCAGACACAACCCUUUCUCAAAUUGUCAAACUUGUGGAGGAGGCACAAACAUCAAAGGCUCCUAUCCAGCAGUUUGCUGACAAACUCAGUGGCUAUUUUGUUCCCUUUAUCGUAUUUGUUUCCAUUGCUACCCUCUUGGUAUGGAUUAUAAUUGGAUUUCUGAAUUUUGAAAUUGUGGAAACCUACUUUCCUGGCUACAAUAGAAGUAUCUCCCGAACAGAAACGAUAAUACGCUUUGCUUUCCAAGCCUCUAUCACAGUUUUGUGUAUUGCAUGUCCCUGUUCACUGGGACUGGCCACUCCAACUGCUGUGAUGGUGGGUACAGGAGUAGGUGCUCAAAAUGGCAUACUUAUCAAAGGUGGAGAGCCAUUGGAGAUGGCUCAUAAGGUAAAGGUAGUGGUAUUCGAUAAGACUGGAACCAUUACCCAUGGAACCCCAGUAGUGAACCAAGUAAAGGUUCUAGUGGAAAGUAAUAGGAUAUCACGUAAUAAGAUCCUAGCCAUUGUGGGGACUGCUGAAAGUAACAGUGAACACCCUAUAGGAGCAGCUGUAACAAAAUACUGCAAGCAGGAGCUGGACACUGAAACCUUGGGUACCUGCAUAGAUUUCCAGGUCGUACCAGGCUGUGGUAUUAGCUGUAAAGUCACCAAUAUUGAAGGCUUGUUACAUAAGAAUAACUGGAAUUUAGAGGAAAAUAACAUUAAAAAUGCAUCCCUGGUUCAAAUUGGUGCAAGAAAUGAACAGUCAUCAACUUCGUCUUCCAUGAUUAUUGAUGCUCAGCUCUCAAAUACUUUUAAUACUCAGCAGUAUAAAGUCCUCAUUGGUAACCGGGAAUGGAUGAUUAGAAAUGGUCUCAUCAUUAAUAAUGAUGUAGAUGAUUCCAUGACUGAACAUGAAAGAAAAGGUCGGACUGCUGUAUUGGUGGCAGUUGACGAUGAGCUGUGUGGCUUGAUAGCCAUUGCUGAUACUGUGAAGCCUGAAGCAGAAUUGGCUGUCCAUAUCCUGAAAUCUAUGGGCUUAGAAGUAGUUCUGAUGACUGGAGACAACAGUAAAACAGCUAGAUCUAUUGCUUCUCAGGUUGGCAUUACUAAGGUGUUUGCUGAAGUUCUACCUUCCCACAAAGUUGCUAAAGUGAAGCAACUUCAAGAGGAGGGGAAACGUGUAGCAAUGGUAGGAGAUGGAAUCAAUGACUCUCCAGCUCUAGCAAUGGCAAAUGUUGGAAUUGCCAUUGGCACAGGCACAGAUGUAGCCAUUGAAGCAGCUGAUGUGGUUUUGAUAAGGAAUGAUCUUUUGGAUGUAGUGGCAAGUAUUGACUUAUCAAGAAAGACAGUCAAGAGGAUUCGGAUAAAUUUUGUCUUUGCUCUAAUUUAUAAUCUGGUUGGAAUUCCCAUAGCUGCUGGGGUUUUUAUGCCUGUUGGUUUGGUUUUGCAACCCUGGAUGGGAUCUGCAGCAAUGGCUGCUUCAUCUGUUUCUGUGGUACUUUCUUCUCUCUUUCUUAAACUUUAUAGGAAACCAACUUAUGAGAACUAUGAACUGCGUUCUCGGAGCCAGAUAGGACAGAAGAGUUCUUCAGAAAUCAGCAUUCAUGUUGGAAUAGAUGACACUUCAAGAAAUUCUCCUAAACUGGGUUUGCUGGACAGGAUUGUUAAUUACAGCAGAGCCUCCAUAAACUCACUACUGUCUGAUAGACGCUCCCUAAACAGUGUUGUUACUAGUGAACCUGACAAGCACUCACUCCUGGUGGCAGACUUCAGGGAAGAUGAAGACACCACACUGUAAAGGCAACAGAGAGCACUGCUAUUUGAAAUUGUUAUGCACUGAUACAGCGUUCAUGCUAUUACUUUAGCUUUUCAAAAUAUUCUGGAAAGAUUUUAUGUUGGUCUCAUGCUCUUCUUACAUGAGGGAUUCAAUUUGAGUUGCAUGUUUCAGGGCAUGGGCUCUGAAUCUAGCUUUAUUUCAAAUUAAUUUGCAGCAUUUUUUGCUUUAUCCAGUGAUAGAUAUGGAAGAGCAGUGA